AUUCCCCCAUGAAUUAUUGCUAUAUCCAGUUUGCAGCAAUUCCUCUCCAUUCCCCCGAUAAACAAUAACAAGCUCUUCAACCACCCCUUAAUUUCCUCCCCCAACUCACCCACCAUGCUGAAUUACAUUCUUUGGUUUGUAAGCCAUUUGAAAUUUGCCUGGAACUUGCUGCUUAACUAUUCCUUGUUCCCCAAUUACAACCAGGAGCAACAGCUGCAGCACCGGCCGGGCGUUGCCGAGAAACUUGGCCUAGUCACAUACAAGUGCAAGCAGCAGCAAGGCUGCUUUGACGACAACGACGAAGAAGAAGAAGAAGCUUGUGCUGUGUGCCUAUGCAAGAUUGAAGAAGAUGAUGAGAUGAGAGAGCUGAGAUGUAAUCAUCUCUUUCACAAGGUUUGCUUGGAUAGAUGGCUUGGUUACAGCCAUUCCACGACCUGUCCCAUUUGCAGAACUUUCUUGACUCCUGCUAAAGUAAUAGCCAGUGUUGAAGUGCUAACAUUCAACUACUGCACUUUCAGCCCCAACCACCGUGAUAACUGGUGGCUGCGCUAGCUGAUAACCUCAAUAAAUUUUCUCCGGCGGAGGGAAAUUUAAAAAUGUAGAAAUCAGAAAUAAGUCCAGAAUUAUUCAAGACUUGAGUGCAGUGCAGUGCAGUGCAGUGAAGAAGAACAGCAAGGAGAUGCUCGAGGAAGAAAGAAACAAAGCUGGACAGUGUGUAUGCAAUGCAGUGUUUGAAUAAGGAAGCUGUGUCCCAUACGCAGCCUUUAAAGAAUAGCACACUGCACACAGCUUACACGGAUGAAACUCACCGUUUCAUUUAUGUGCAUUUUAAAAAUUAGUUAAUUUAGUUAAAUUAACUGAAUAAGUUAGUAUAGAUUAAUCUUUUACUGCCCUAUGUAUAUAAGAUAGUGUACAUACCAUUUUCAGGAAUGGUAUUUUUCUUUCAGCUUUGUCAUAUCAAGUCGAGAAAUAUCUUUAUUUAUAAAUGGAAGAAUUGGAGAAAAGAUGAC